UUAGACUUUUGAAGAAUUUUAUCAUCGCUUAAAAUUAAUAUUUAAUAGCAUUUCUAGGUUUAAAACAGGGAUUAUUUGUUUCGUCUGUUAAAAUAGACAUUAAAUAUGGGAAAAGAAAAAGGAGGAUUCUUGACACCAAAGGCAAUUGCCAACAGAAUAAAAUCUAAAGGUUUACAGAAAUUGAGAUGGUAUUGCCAGAUGUGUCAGAAACAGUGUAGAGAUGAGAAUGGGUUUAAAUGUCACACAAUGUCAGAAUCACACCAGCGCCAGUUACUGUUAUUUGCUGAGAGUCCAGAUAAAUAUAUAGAUUCAUUUUCAGAAGACUUUUUUACUGACUAUGUGGAGUUAUUGAAGAGGCGAUUUGGUAAAAAGAGAGUAAAUUGUAAUAUUGUGUAUCAAGAGUAUAUAGCAUUUAAAGAACAUACACAUAUGAACAGUACACAGUGGGAAACUUUAACAGAAUUUGUCAAAUGGCUUGGAAGAGAAGGACAUUGUGUGGUUGAUGAAACAGAGAAAGGUUGGUUUGUACAGUAUAUUGAUAGAGAUCCAGAGGCAAUAAAGAAACAAGAACAGAUUAAGGCCAAAGAAAAGAUGGAGCUUGAUGAUGAGGAGAGAGCAGCCAAGUUUAUAAGGGAUCAAAUAGAAAGGGCAUCUGCACAGGGCCAGGAAGUUAAACAGACAGAAUUUACAGAACUGAAGAGGGAGAAUGAAGAAGAAAAAGUGACCUUAAGUCUGGGAGGACUAAGCAAAAAGAAAGAAACAGAUACAGUUGCCAGUUCCAGUAAAGACAAUCCACUCAAGAAGCCACCAAUAUCCUCUCUAGAAAAUCCUUUUAAAAAGCCAUCUGGUUCUGGAGUAAUAAGAAUAAAGACAGAGAAAGCUGGUCAGAAGAGAAAAUCAGCUUUAGAGGAAAUAAUGGAAUUGGAAAAAAUGAAGAAGGAAAAUGUGAACAAAAAAGUCAAGAAAGAUUACUGGUUACAUGAAGGAAUAAUGGUAAAAAUAGUGACUAAAAAACUUGGAGAGAAGUAUUACAAGAAGAAAGCUGUAGUCAAGGAAGUAGUUGAUUUAUAUAGAGCAGUUAUUAAGUUGAUUGACAGUGGAGAUAAAAUGAAAGUUGACCAAUCACAUCUAGAGACAGUCAUUCCUGCACAAGGUAAAAAAGUUCUCAUAGUUAAUGGUGCAUAUAGAGGAGAAAGCGCUAUUCUGGAAACAAUUGAUGAGAAGAAAUUUUCUUGUUCUGUCAGCAUAGCAACAGGUCCAUCAAGGGGCAGAGUAAUAGAAGGUAUAGAAUAUGAGGAUUUAAGUAAACUAUAUCAGCCAUGAUAGGAUUACACCUAAUUCAAACCACUUAAGAUCUCUGUGAUAAGAAAAACUCAUUAGCUUAUGAGUAAAUGGAUCAUUAUCCCUGUAAUAAAUAUUGAUCUAUGAUUAAGCUGUACAGACAGAAACGUGAGGGUAAAGAGAAAGUUGCCUUGAAACAACAGAUGUUACUGAGAUUAAAUCUUUAUUGCAAUAAACAAGAGAUUUUCUUAUACCUUCAUCAUUUAUUAAGAACAGUGAACUCAGUUUGUUGAUUGUAUAUUUUG